AUGAACGUUACGACGACUCAGCUCAAACCGGUGAUUUGUCGACAGCUUUGGUUGAGCUUCUGGAAAUCCUGCUCCGUACUGCAGACCUUAUCGUGGGACCGUUGCACCACCACGACGAUGUUUGAGCCGUUCCCGGGAAAUGGCACGUUUACGAUGGAAAACUACACCUCACCGAUGGCGGCUCCCGAAGCCCAACACCAGCAUCUUUUGCACCAAUACCAGCAGUACCAACACCAGCCGGCAACCUUCUGGAGCAAUGCCACGGUCAAUCUGGGCCUGGGUCUAGCAUCAGCCAUCCGACAUCGCCAGCAUCACCUGCAACAACCCGCCAGCAACCUGAGCGCGGCCAGCAACGAAAGCCUCGCCACGUUACUGCUACAUCCGGGCGUCCAUCAACUUUCCAGCGGGUUAGUAACGCUGGUUGGUGACAUCGUGGGUCAUCAGUCACCCUACGGUACGAUCCUGUCCCGCGAGGAGUGCGAUCGGCUCAACAUCAGCUAUGCGUUCGAGAAUGGCAGUGCGUUAGCCGUGCCGGGGUUGAGCUGUUACGAGCACGCACCAACACUCUCGAAAUCGGGCGUUAUCCGCGUGAUCGUGCUGUCUGCGAUGGCGAUCGUGUCCCUGCUCGGUAAUGUCGCCACCAUGUGGAACAUCCAGAAGAACCGGAAGUCACGGCGUGUGACGCGCCACAACUGGAGCGCGAUCUAUUCGCUCAUCUUUCACCUGUCGAUCGCGGACGUGCUGGUGACGGGAUUCUGUCUCAUCGGUGAAGCGGCCUGGUACUACACCGUGGACUGGGUCGCUGGGAAUCUGCUGUGUAAGCUGUUCAAGCUGUGCCAGAUGUUUAGCCUGUACCUGUCCACGUACGUGCUGGUGCUGGUCGGUGUUGAUCGCUGGGUUGCGGUUAAGUAUCCGAUGAAAUCGCUCAACACCGCCCGGCGUUGCCAUCGGUUCCUGUUCGUGGCGUAUCUGUUGUCCUUUCUGCUCAGCACACCACAGUGGAUGAUAUUUCGGGUGGCGAAAGGACCGUUCGUGGAGGACUUCUACCAGUGUGUGACGCACGGUUUCUACACCGACCGGUGGCAGGAGCAGCUCUACACGACCUUCACGCUGGUGUUUAUGUUCAUCAUCCCGCUGCUGAUACUGAUCGGCACCUAUCUGUCCACCUUCAUGACGAUCUCAAGCAGCGAGAAAAUCUUCCGCAUCGAGACGGCCACCGUCGACCGGACGACGUACUACCGGCGGUCGGACACGAACCGGCAACGAUUGAUACACAAGGCCAAGAUGAAGUCCUUACGCAUCUCGGUCGUCAUCGUGGUGGCGUUCAUCGUGUGCUGGACACCGUACUACAUCAUGAUGCUGAUAUUCAUGUUCCUCAAUCCGACCGAGCGUUUCGGCGAGGACCUGCAGUCGGGCAUAUUCUUCUUCGGCAUGUCGAACAGCCUGAUCAACCCGCUCAUCUACGGUGCGUUCCAUCUGGUGCCGAUCCGGCAGCGCCGCAAUCAGUACAAUCAACAUGUAAGGGAAGGCUCUGUGUACUUUCAACGGUCGUCCACCUUCAACCAUCACAAUGGCCACCAGCGGAACCUCAAUCCGCACGUCAAGUUCUCCAACUCGCACUCGAACCUGCCCGAGGAGAUAUCGCUCAUGUCGCUGGAAAAGGAUCUUCGCAGUCUGGAUGAGAACGUGAACCAGAUCCACCACCAGAAGGGUGCGGGUGGUACCGGGCGAGUGGCCGGACCCGUCGGUGGUGGAGCGGGACGGAUCAAGCGGCGCAGCUUCACCAGCAAGUUUCUUUCGUUUUCCCGCCUGCUGCACCGGAACCGCCCCACGAAGCUGUAA